CAAAAACAAGAUUACGGAAAGAGUGGCGAGAAAUAGAGUGACGUGCGCCGUAUCAGCCAGACGGGCAAACAGUAAAGCCUGUAGAUUUCACCCAAACACAUUCACUGGAUUGCUGUAUUUUACAGUGUAUGUUUUAAAAGGGAAAGAAGAACCUAAAGAAGACCUAAAGACCUGCAGAAAGGUCGCUAUGAGUUUGUGAAAUUCAAAAUAUGAUAUCAGAAAACCUCUAGAGCCUCAUCCUUCAGUGAUCAGAAAGCCUCCCUGUGACUCAGCUGUUCCCAGAAUUAAGCAACUGUAAAAAACAACACAACUAGGCAGAGGUGUGCCGAAAAACUGCCACUUUAACCGUUUCGUCCUCCGCAUACUAGUAAUGGACGUGGCUUGAAAUCAAGAAAGUACCAAGUUUUUAACUUGAGAAGGAAUUGAUGUAAUAUAUCUGGCUUUUUGGCACAAGCUAUUGCUUUUAAAACGUGGAUCCUGCAGAAGUCCCUCAGAAAUAUGAAGUAAGCAAAAAUACAGUUUUUGGAAAUAGCAAAACAGUCACUUCCAGAUUUUUUAUUUUUUAUUUUAUCAACAACUUGAAGUGUUUUUAAAAACGUGUUCGAUUUCCACCCGUUUUUUUAUUUGGCUUUGUUAAUUAUAAGCACACAGUCUCACCUGUCAGGUCAUGGCAGAUUCUUGCCCAGACACCGUUGAUGGUGAGAUUAUAGGCCUUUCGGAGGGACAGCAGUCGAACGCAAACAAAAAUGAGGACUUAGAUGCUGCUAGACCACAGGACAAGGAAAUCAGCCAAAAAGAGGGCGUCACCAACAUCGAGGAGUCCACUGGGAGUGUUCCUCCUCACCUUGCGAAAGAUGAUCUUACAGCAUGCAAAAAUCCUUCUCUUGAAGAUGAUGCUAUUGCAGCUCAGUCCAUGACUAGUAAAAGCCAAGACAAAACCGAUGAAUCCGACAUCCUCAAUAGCCAAUCCUACACGCCCAGCCAAUCAGAGGAUGCCAACCAAGUUCCCUCUCAGGAGAGUGAAGGGGCCUGUGUGGGUGCUGCGAGGGCAUCAGAGCCUAGCAUGCCGGCGUACUAUUUUGUCAAGUGGAUUACCUGGAAAGAAAAGAAGACGGCCAUCAUAACACAGAGCGAGAACGGACCCUGCCCCCUGAUUGCCAUCAUGAACAUCUUGUUGUUGCGGUGGAAGGUGAAGUUGCCGGCUCAGACUGAAGUGGUCACCACAGAGGAGCUGAUGGCUCACCUUGGCGAAUGUGUGCUGUCCAUCAAGCCACGGGAGAAAGCAGAAGGCAUGGAGCUGAAUUUCCAGCAGAACAUGAGCGACGCGAUGGCUGUGCUGCCAAAGUUGUCGACAGGCCUCGACGUUAAUGUGCGUUUUACAGGUGUGUCGGAUUUCGAGUACACGCCUGAAUGCAUCGUCUUUGAUCUGCUUGACAUUCCUCUCUACCACGGCUGGCUUGUGGACCCACAGAGUCCCGAGGUUGUGUCUGCAGUGGGCAAACUCAGCUACAACCAACUGGUGGAGAAGAUCAUAGAUUUCAAGCACUCGACAGAUAGCAGUCAAGUCAGCGAAGGUUUGAUAGCAGAGCAGUUUUUGGAGUCCACAGCAACCCAGCUGUCUUAUCACGGCCUGUGUGAGCUCAACACGACAGCCAAGGAGGGCGAACUGUCUGUAUUUUUCAGGAACAACCACUUCAGCACUAUGAUAAAGCACAAGGGUCAUCUUUACCUGCUGGUCACAGAUCAGGGAUUCCUGCAGGAGGAGAGCGUGGUGUGGGAGAGUCUCCAUAAUGUGGAGGGGGAUGGGAAUUUCUGUGACUCAGACUUCAGAUUGUGUCACCCUUCCCAGAAACCCUCAGCAGCCAGCCAGCCCACCGCACAACAGCAGCAAAUGCAGAUCGAUCAGGACUAUCUGGUGGCGAUGUCCCUGCAGCAGCAGCAGGGUGAAGCUCCUGGACCCAUGAGUGAUCUUGAGCUGGCAAGACAGCUGCAGCAGGAAGAGUAUCAGCAGCCACAAACACAACAGCACCAACCCUCAGCAGGACAGGUGAGAGGUCAGGCCGCAUCUCAGCACGGAGGACAGAGGCGUCGAGAAAAGAAGGACGACUCAGAUUGUUGCAUUCUUUAAGUCAGAGUCCACUCACCACCGUAACCAGACUCUCAAAGCCAGUUCAGCUUAAGUUAACAGUUUCUUCUGUACCACUACUGAAACAAAGGACUUCACUCUUACCUGACCUGUCGUCCCAAUGCCAAGCCUGCCUUUACAGUACAGUUGACCCCCUUGUUUUUUGCCUUUCCUUUAUCCUCAUGGUUGGAACUGUUGCUCAUCGUUGUCUACUGGACCAAAUAAAGGUAGCAAGUGUUUCUAAGCACUAACGAGUGUUCGAGUGCUAAUAUGGAGCUCCUAACUAUGCCGCUGAAGAUCCAAGAGUGUAAUGGUAAAUAAUCAGGUAUUGUAAUAAGAAUUUAAUAUUACAUUGAAAUGCUACUGUCUCAAGUUGAUCUGUACAUAGUUAGUGCUCGACGGCUUUUCAUCCAAAGGGAUGUACAGUAAACUAAGUACACAGGACUCUGCUUUGAUUGGCUCAGCACACCGUGGAGCUCCCUGAAUCCUGUAAACUGAGCUAAUAAAGCCACCUCUGUUAACAGGAAAUGUGUGACCACUGAUUUCUGAAAUG